AUGGCUUCGGGCGCCCUUGCUAGACGAGUUCGGAGGGUGAGCAGGAAGCUAAGGAACUAUGUCUUCUUUAUUCUGAUUCUUGCCGUCUCCUCCUCGUUCUCCUUGCUCCACUUCUUCUUCCGCAAGAUGUCGACUCAGAGACAUGUCCACAUCGAUAUCAGCAGCCUCGACGAGGAUUCGUACGACGGCGAUCAAAACAAGCAUGUCAUCUCGUUUGAUGCCAUCAGCCUUCCCGACUGCGCGCUUUCGAAUCAAACGCUGAUACGCAAAAGGAUCUCUGCCCUGGAAAGAUCCAUCCAACCAACCGUCAAAGGAGAAGGAGCGGGCGCCAGAGCUCACAGCAAGAUGAUAGAUAUGAUGAGGAGCAACGAGUUUGCUUCGAACCCUGAGCAUCUCCUGCAGAAUGAAGUCGAGAAUCUCAGGGCGAUCCUAAGGUCCUGCCAGAUAUAUUUCGGAUCCAAGGGCUGGGUCGGGUGA